GGAGCUUACUCUUAUAUAACAAAAAUAAUCUUCUCUUUCCUUAAAGUUUCUUUGCAAAAGACAGAGCUCGAGAUAGGUAGAGAGAGGGUCACAAAAGUCUCCUGCUAGUAUGUCUAUAGCGGCCCCUUCGUCUCCUUAUCAAGCAGUCAUUAAUUCUGAAGGAACUUCACUCAGACACCGCCCGCAGGCCACCUCGAGCAGACAGACUCCACUACCGAGCCUCGUUCCUUCUCAAAAACCUUGCCAGUACUUAAAAGCCCGCGGAGCCAAUAUCCUACAGAAGCUACUAGCAAUGGCGACCUGUAGCAGUCACAGCAAGAGCAUGGUGGUUAAGAUGAAAGAAGAGCUAUCGAGAAUGUUACCACUAACAGAUACCAGCACUCCAUCGGACUCAUCUCCCUCCUCAACCUCUCUCCCUCUCUCUCUCCUUUCCUGCUCAACUUGUCAGGGUCAUAUGAUUAAACCAGUUUGUCUCCCUUGUGGCCACUCCCAUUGCCUGUCUUGUACCCAGAGAAUGGCCGACACUCAAAAGCAAACUAUUACUUGUUCCCGUUGCCAAGAGGCUCACCCUCGGGUUCCGAUGGGGUUUGAGUCGUCACGACAGCCGACGUUUAUCUUGCAGACUGUUUUGUUCAAGCAUUGUCCGGCAGAGAUGAGUCUUUGCUGCGAAGAGAGAGAGAGAGGGAAUCAAUUCGCUCAAUCUAAUAACUUUGAAACUGCCCUAGUUCAUUAUAACAGGGCACUACAGACUGGUUUUGCUGAUCAUAGGGUGUAUAGUAACAUGUCACGGGCUUAUCUUGCUCUGGGUAGCACUGAAGAAGCUUUAUUAAAUGCUGAACACUGUUGCAUACUGCACCCAUACUGGCCCAAGGGUCAUUACAGAAGAGGCAGAGCUCAUUCUGAGAUGAAGAAACACAAAGAAGCUACUUCAGCCUAUCUCCUGUCACUGUAUUUAGGAGGAGGAGAACUCCAAUGUGUCUGCCAAGCACUAGAUAACUUACUCUCGGCUAAUAAAUACAGCACUGCUGAUACCCAGGUACUGAUGGAGUCCAUCCUCUCUCUCACUGUCCAGUCGUUUAAAGAAUACAAUAGACUAGCGUCCAGUAGACCACCAGUGUCCCUACCGCUGGGGGACAACGGAGUGGACAUUGGAGAGUUUGACUGUGUCCUGUGUGCCGGUUUGUUGUUUCAGCCAGUGACAGUUCCUUGUGGUCAUUCGUUCUGUCGUGAUUGUUUGGCUCGUCUCUUUGACCAUUCACCAUAUUGUCCUGUCUGCAGGGCUUCACUGGGAGAGAUGUUUAUACAGCAUACACAAUCAUCAGGACAAAUGUGUAUUGACGUUACUUUGGAGUCCAUUAUUCAACAUUUAUUUUCGACACUUUACGAAGAAAAGAAAUCAGUCUUUGUAGCAGAGAGAAUAAGGCUAUCAAAGAUUGGUAUUACUGAAGACGAGCCUCUCCCGAUAUUCGUGUGUACGAUGACCUUCCCAGCCAUGACCUGCCCCUUGCAUAUUUUUGAACCAAAGUACAGACUCAUGAUGAGACGCUGCAUUGAGACCAACAGUCGGAGGUUUGGGAUGUGUACCCCUUUAGACAGAGAAUGUAAUACCUAUGUUGAUUAUGGUACAGUGUUAUUCAUCAGUUCAUUGGAGUACACUCCUGAUGGGCGGAGUCUCGUUACCACAGUCGGAGAGAGAAGGUUUAGGGUAAUAGAGAGGAGCACUAGGGAUGGGUACGCUGUUGCUAGGAUACAGUUCCUUAGCGACGAGGUGGACCCAGAUCAAGAAUCACUUGAUGCCCUCCAGGUUGAAGUGUAUGAGCAUUGCAACAAGUGGCUACAAGCACUGCCUCUUUUCACAAGAUUAAUGAUACUCCAAGCUAUGACCACAUGUCCUCCAAACAUUAAUGAUCCUCCUACUUCUCACGAUGGUCCCCUUUGGGUCUGGUGGUUCGUUAAUGCCAUGCCCGUGACUGUACGAAGCAAGCUAGAGUUUCUGCAGUGUACCUCAUUGAGGGAGCGGCUGAGACUACUCAAGGAAAUAUUGCCACUCCCAUCUUAAUUAACUAGUGGUUAAUUAACUAGUUGUUAAUUAAUCACUAGUUAAUUAACUGAUCUGUAUAUUAUUGAGUUGUUGUCCAUAUUUAUGUGUUUUGUGUUAUUAUUUAUUUAUCAUAAUUGCUGCAUCAUUAAUUAAUAAUAUAUAAUAAUUAUUAUUAUUCUUGUUUUUCAGUCUCGUUUAAUGAUAUUUCUUUUCUCCAUUUCUUCCAUUUCUUUGAGUACAAAAGCAACACUGUA